AUGAGUUAUUCCAACGGCUACAUGGACGGCCAUAUUGCGCAGCAUUCUGCAUAUAAUCCUGAGUACGGUAUCUCGAAUGGCGGCAUGUCCAAGGGGUUCUUCGAGCCUCGCGGGAGAAAGAGAAUGAAUAUAGUCUCUAUUGCCAUGUCGUUGUUCUUGCCAUGGGCAAUGUUCUCUGUUGUGUUCGCGGUGAUGUCUUUCUCCAUUCACUACCAGCAGCCUACAUUCGCCUACCUCAUUGUCGGCCUAUGCUUCGUGGUCGUGCUUUGGAGCGGCUUCCACGCCGCAGUCGAGACAAGGAAGAAGAUAGCCGGAGUGGGCAAGGAGCCCACUUGGUACAUUUUUAUGUUCUUGACGCUUCUUCUUGCGUGGGGUUGUGGUUGGGUGUUCGGAGAUAUCAAUUUCUUCCAGAACUUGCAACCUUUCUAUGACGUCACGAAUCUGAACACGUACCCGCAGGUCGAUCCUUCGAAGUUCCGGGGACAGCAGCUCAUGGAUGCUGGUCGCAUUGUCUUCACACCUGAGUCGAAACUCGACCUCCGGCGCUCCAUGGGCUUCAAGAAUUUGGAGACGUACUGCGUGGCGCCCAUCACCAUCGGGGACGAGAACGUGACGUACAAGACCCUGCAGUCUUACGAUUUCUGGGCCGUGGGCAUGAAUUGCUGUUCUGGAAGCGAUGCUGACUUCCACUGUGGCGAGUUCAACAACCCCAGCGCACAUGCGGGCCUGCGGCUAAUGAACGAUGGCCAGCGCGCGUUCUUCAGACUGGCGGUCCAACAAGCGGAGGCCGCGUACAACAUCAGAGCAGUACACCCGCUGUUCUUCUAUUGGAUGCAGGAUCCGAUCGACGAGGUGAACGCCUACCAGGACGAAGGCUUCAAGUACUACCUUCUUGGCAUGUUCUCGUACUUCGCCGUGCAGCUGUUCCUGGUCGUGUGCGCGGCCUGCGACGGCACCAGGCAGCAGCCCUGGAGCGCGCUGGCGGCGGCGUGUCGCGUCGGGAUCCUGCUGGAGCAGGUGGACGCUGGCCAGGGCUUGAUCGCGGCUGCGGUCGCGGCAGGUGCGGCGUACAACGAGACGAGCAGAGAGAAGAAGAAGCGCGCCGACGGCAUGACCAGGCUGGGUGCCGCGCUGGCGCACGCGCUGGGCCUGCCGUGUGCCACGGCCUCCGGGGGCCUCAUGGACAACGAGAGGCUGUUCGAGUCGGACGGGUCGUGGCACAGGGGCCAGAGGAACCGCGUGCCCUUCGAGACGGCCUGCUACUACACGCACGAGCCGGAGCUGCCUUAUGGCUGCCAGCGCAGCCGGAGGCUCUCGGACGCGUGGACCGCGGACGGCACCUACUACCCGGCGGAGCCCGUCGGCUGGUGGGUGCACGACGACCGGAGCACGCGGGUGAGGGAGAGGAACGCCUUGAUAAAGAUCUUCGAGUCUACAGGCGGGGCAGGUUGGCGAGCCAACGACAACUGGGUCAGCGACUCGACGGGCGGCUGGAGCGAGCCCUGCUGGGAUUUCUGGUAUGGCGUGACCUGCGACGAGCACGGCCACGUUAUAGCGCUGGAGCUGUCGGACAACAGGCUCGUCGGCUCUCUGCCAGACGCGCUGGGAGACCUCUGGCACCUCAUGAAGCUCGACCUCUCCUCGACCUCCUCCGCGUAUCACACGCACGAGAACGCUGACACGAACGUGUUGACAGGGGCGCUGCCUUCGUUGGCUAAAGCGACGCGCUUGGCAGAGAUUGACAUAUCUGGAAACCAGUUCCAGUCUUUGCCUGAUGACCUCUCGUCGAGCUGGCAGACGCUACGCGUAUUGAGCGCAAGCAACAACCGAUUGACGGCUCUCCCAAACGACCUGUUCAUGCUUAGGAAGUUGCACACGCUGGAGCUGAGCUUCAACUCCAUCGCAGCGAACCUCACGGAGUGGUCGCACCACUUCGGCAACCUGGCAGAGGCCCGCUACGUGCACGUGGACAACAACGAGCUCUGCGGAGGCAUCACAGACGAGGUCAUUGGCAUGAAGAAGAUUCUCGUGUUUGACGUAUCGCACAACCCACGGACUUAA